GUACCCAGAACGCUCCGCUUUGCCUCCUGGGUGUUAUUGCCCCUUUCCCGGUGCAGGACGCGGUAGUGGUCAGCCAGCGAGAGUGUCAGGCCUGGGGUUUUCUGUGUCCUUCCCUGGGUCAGGGACAAGCCAGUGAUUUGACUCUUGGGCGCUCCACCUGGGAGGGAGCACAGGAGGCCGCUGUCCCUCCUUUCCGGUUCACGUCACCCUUCUCUCCCUCUCCUGCCCCACCUGCAGCCACUUAGACGGCUCCUGGACUGACUGCCUGGGGCAGUGAGUGGCGGUGGCUGUCGAGGCCGCCGGGGCCGAGGUGAGGCUGCAGCUCUCCGGGCGGCGGUAGCGCUGGGAAGGAGGAGGAGAGAAGAUGGCGUCGGAGCUGGAGCCAGAGGUGCAGGCCAUCGACCGGAGUUUGCUGGAAUGUUCGGCCGAGGAGACUGCGGGGAAAUGGCUGCAAGCAACUGACCUCACUAGAGAAGUGUACCAGCAUUUAGCCCACUCUGUACCCAAAAUCUACUGCAGGGGUCCCAACCCUUUUCCACAGAAAGAAGACAUGCUGGCACAGCAUGUUUUGUUGGGACCGAUGGAAUGGUACCUUUGUGGUGAAGAUCCUGCAUUUGGAUUUCCGAAACUUGAACAAGCAAACAAACCUUCUCAUCUUUGUGGUCGUGUUUUUAAAGUAGGAGAGCCUACAUACUCUUGCAGAGACUGUGCAGUUGAUCCAACUUGUGUUUUGUGCAUGGAGUGCUUUUUGGGAAGUAUUCACAGAGAUCAUCGAUAUAGGAUGACAACAUCAGGAGGUGGAGGUUUCUGUGACUGUGGUGAUGCUGAAGCUUGGAAAGAGGGUCCUUACUGUCAGAAACAUGAACUUAACACCUCUGAAAUUGAGGAAGAAGAGGAUCCUCUUGUUCAUUUAUCAGAAGAUGUGAUAGCAAGAACUUACAACAUUUUUGCUAUUAUGUUUCGGUAUGCAGUAGAGAUAUUAACCUGGGAAAAAGAAAGUGAAUUGCCAGCAGAUUUAGAGAUGGUAGAGAAGAGUGACACCUACUAUUGCAUGCUGUUUAAUGAUGAGGUUCAUACGUAUGAACAAGUUAUUUAUACUCUUCAGAAAGCUGUUAACUGUACACAAAAAGAAGCGAUUGGUUUUGCAACUACAGUAGAUCGAGAUGGGCGUAGGUCUGUUCGAUAUGGAGACUUCCAGUAUUGUGAGCAAGCAAAAUCAGUAAUUGUGAGAAAUACCAGUAGACAGACAAAGCCACUCAAAGUUCAAGUUAUGCAUUCGUCUAUCGUCGCACAUCAGAAUUUUGGUUUGAAACUUUUGUCUUGGCUGGGAAGUAUUAUUGGAUAUUCAGAUGGCCUUCGCCGGAUUUUAUGUCAAGUUGGUUUACAAGAAGGGCCAGAUGGUGAAAACUCUUCUCUAGUGGACAGACUGAUGCUUAAUGAUUCCAAAUUAUGGAAAGGUGCUAGGAGUGUAUAUCAUCAGUUGUUCAUGAGCAGUCUGCUUAUGGAUUUGAAAUACAAGAAGCUGUUUGCUGUUCGAUUUGCAAAAAACUAUGAGCGUUUGCAGAGUGAUUAUGUGACAGAUGACCACGACAGAGAGUUUUCAGUCGCAGACCUCUCGGUUCAGAUAUUCACAGUUCCUUCACUUGCUCGAAUGCUCAUCACAGAAGAAAACCUGAUGACCAUUAUCAUUAAGACUUUUAUGGAUCAUUUGAGACAUCGAGAUACCCAGGGCAGAUUUCAGUUUGAACGAUAUACUGCUUUACAAGCCUUCAAAUUUAGGAGAGUUCAGAGCCUUAUUUUAGAUCUCAAGUAUGUGUUAAUUAGCAAACCAACUGAAUGGUCAGAUGAGCUGAGGCAGAAGUUCCUAGAAGGGUUUGAUGCCUUUUUGGAAUUACUAAAAUGUAUGCAGGGAAUGGAUCCAAUUACACGUCAAGUAGGACAACAUAUUGAAAUGGAACCAGAGUGGGAAGCAGCCUUCACACUGCAAAUGAAACUAACACAUGUCAUUUCGAUGAUGCAGGACUGGUGUGCUUCAGAUGAAAAAGUGUUAAUUGAAGCUUACAAGAAAUGUCUUGCUGUACUGAUGCAGUGUCAUGGUGGUUAUACUGAUGGUGAACAGCCAAUCACGCUAAGCAUUUGUGGACAUUCAGUGGAAACUAUCAGAUACUGUGUUUCCCAAGAGAAAGUUAGCAUUCACCUCCCAGUUUCUCGCUUGCUUGCAGGUUUACAUGUAUUAUUAAGCAAAAGUGAAGUGGCAUAUAAAUUCCCAGAGCUCCUACCUCUAAGUGAACUUAGCCCACCCAUGUUGAUAGAACACCCUCUUAGAUGUCUCGUUUUAUGUGCCCAAGUACAUGCUGGAAUGUGGAGAAGAAAUGGGUUCUCUUUAGUAAACCAGAUUUAUUACUACCAUAAUGUGAAAUGCAGACGUGAGAUGUUUGACAAGGAUAUAGUAAUGCUUCAGACAGGUGUCUCCAUGAUGGAUCCAAAUCAUUUCCUGAUGAUCAUGCUCAGCCGCUUUGAACUUUAUCAGAUUUUCAGUACUCCAGACUAUGGGAAAAGAUUUAGUUCUGAGAUUACCCAUAAGGAUGUUGUUCAGCAGAACAAUACUCUAAUAGAAGAAAUGCUAUACCUCAUUAUAAUGCUUGUUGGAGAGAGAUUUAGUCCUGGAGUUGGACAGGUAAAUGCUACAGAUGAAAUCAAGCGAGAGAUUAUCCAUCAGUUGAGUAUCAAGCCUAUGGCUCAUAGUGAGUUGGUAAAGUCCUUACCAGAAGAUGAGAACAAGGAGACUGGCAUGGAGAGUGUAAUCGAAGCAGUUGCCCAUUUCAAGAAACCUGGAUUAACAGGACGAGGCAUGUAUGAACUGAAACCAGAAUGUGCCAAAGAGUUCAACUUGUAUUUCUAUCACUUUUCAAGGGCAGAACAGUCCAAGGCAGAAGAAGCUCAACGGAAAUUGAAAAGACAAAAUAGAGAAGAUACAGCUCUUCCACCUCCAGUUUUGCCUCCGUUCUGCCCUCUGUUUGCAAGCCUGGUUAACAUUUUGCAGUCAGAUGUCAUGUUGUGCAUCAUGGGGACAAUUCUACAAUGGGCUGUGGAACAUAAUGGAUAUGCCUGGUCAGAGUCCAUGCUGCAAAGGGUAUUACAUUUAAUUGGAAUGGCACUACAAGAAGAAAAACAACAUUUAGAGAAUGUCACGGAAGAGCAUGUAGUAACAUUUGCCUUCACUCAGAAGAUAUCAAAACCUGGUGAAGCGCCAAAAAACUCUCCUAGCAUACUAGCUAUGCUGGAAACACUACAAAAUGCUCCCUACCUAGAAAUCCACAAAGACAUGAUUCGGUGGAUAUUAAAGACUUUUAAUGCUAUUAAAAAGAUGAGGGAGAGUUCACCUACCAGUCCCAUGGCAGAGACAGAAGGAACCAUAAUGGAAGAGAGUUCAAGAGAUAAAGACAAAGCUGAGAGGAAGAGAAAAGCCGAGAUCGCCAGAUUGCGCAGAGAAAAGAUCAUGGCGCAGAUGUCUGAAAUGCAGCGGCAUUUUAUUGAUGAAAACAAAGAACUCUUUCAGCAGACAUUAGAACUGGAUGCCUCAACCUCUGCUGUUCUUGAUAAUAGCCCUGUGGUUUCAGAUAUGACACUUACAGCACUGGGCCCUAUGCAAACUCAGGUUCCUGAACAAAGACAAUUUGUUACAUGUAUAUUGUGUCAAGAAGAACAAGAAGUUAAAGUGGAAAGCAGGGCGAUGGUCUUGGCAGCAUUUGUUCAGAGAUCAACUGUAUUAUCAAAAAACAGAAGUAAAGUCAUUCAAGAUCCAGAAAAGUACGAUCCAUUAUUCAUGCACCCUGACUUGUCUUGUGGAACACACACUAGUAGCUGUGGGCACAUUAUGCAUGCCCAUUGUUGGCAAAGGUAUUUUGAUUCCGUUCAAGCUAAAGAACAGCGAAGGCAACAGCGAUUACGCUUACAUACAAGCUAUGAUGUAGAAAACGGAGAAUUCCUUUGCCCCCUUUGUGAAUGCUUGAGUAAUACUGUUAUUCCUCUGCUGCUUCCUCCGAGAAAUAUUUUUAACAACAGGUUAAAUUUUUCAGACCAACCAAAUCUGACUCAGUGGAUUAGAACAAUAUCUCAGCAAAUAAAAGCAUUACAGUUUCUUAGGAAAGAAGAAAGUACUCCUAAUAAUGCCUCUUCAAAGAAUUCAGAAAAGAUGGAUGAACUACAGCUCCCUGAAGGGUUCAGGCCUGAUUUUCAUCCUAAGAACCCUUAUUCUGAGAGCAUAAAAGAAAUGCUAACGACAUUUGGAACUGCUACAUACAAGGUGGGACUAAAGGUUCAUCCCAAUGAAGAGGAUCCUCGUGUGCCCAUAAUGUGUUGGGGUAGCUGUGCAUACACCAUCCAAAGCAUAGAAAGAAUUCUGAGUGAUGAAGAUAAACCAUUGUUUGGUCCUUUACCUUGCAGGCUGGAUGACUGUCUUAGGUCACUGACGAGAUUUGCAGCAGCACACUGGACAGUGGCAUCACUUUCAGUGGUGCAAGGACAUUUUUGUAAACUUUUUGCAUCAUUGGUGCCUAAUGACGGCCAUGAAGACCUUCCAUGCAUAUUAGAUAUUGACAUGUUUCAUUUAUUGGUGGGCAUGGUGCUGGCGUUCCCUGCGUUGCACUGUCAGGAUUUUUCAGGGAUCAGCCUUGGCACUGGAGACCUUCACAUUUUCCAUCUGGUUACUAUGGCACACAUCAUACAGAUCUUACUUACCUCAUGUACAGAAGAGAAUGGCAUGGAUCAAGAAAAUCCCUCUUGUGAAGAAGAAUCAGAAGUUCUUGCUUUGUAUAAAACACUUCACCAGUAUACGGGAAGUGCCUUGAAAGAAAUACCAUCUGGCUGGCAUCUGUGGAGGAGUGUCAGAGCUGGAAUCAUGCCUUUCCUGAAGUGUUCUGCUUUGUUUUUUCAUUACUUAAAUGGAGUUCCUUCCCCACCCGAUAUUCAAGUUCCUGGAACAAGCCAUUUUGAACAUUUAUGUAACUAUCUUUCCCUACCAAGCAACCUUAUUUGCCUUUUUCAAGAAAAUAGUGAGAUAAUGAAUUCACUGAUUGAAAGUUGGUGUCUUAACAGUGAAGUUAAAAGAUAUCUAGAAGGUGAAAGAGAUGCUAUAAGAUAUCCAAGAGAAUCUAACAAAUUAAUAGACCUUCCAGAGGAUUACAGCAGCCUCAUUAAUCAAGCAUUCAAUUUCUCGUGCCCCAAAUCAGGUGGUGAUAAGAGCAGAGCCCCAACUCUGUGCCUUGUGUGUGGAUCACUGCUGUGCUCCCAGAGUUACUGCUGCCAGACUGAACUGGAGGGGUAGGAUGUAGGAGCCUGCACAGCUCACACCUACUCCUGCGGCUCUGGGGUGGGCAUCUUCCUGAGAGUACGGGAAUGUCAGGUGCUGUUUUUAGCUGGCAAAACCAAAGGCUGUUUUUAUUAUCCUCCUUACCUUGAUGGCUAUGGGGAGACCGACCAGGGACUCAGACGGGGAAAUCCUUUACAUUUAUGCAACGAGCGAUUCAAGAAGAUUCAGAAGCUCUGGCACCAACACAGUGUCACCGAGGAAAUUGGACGUGCACAGGAAGCCAAUCAGACACUGGCUGGCAUUGACUGGCAACAUUUAUAAUUAUUGUACCACCAAAAAA